GAACGAGAUUAACAGAUUCGUUGGAAUUACAUCAGUUGACUCUGGCGGAGCUAAUUUACCUCGCCAAGCAGAAGUCUUUCCUGAUCGCGAUCAUUUCGGACGUAUAUUUUUUAAUCAGGCUUCAAUGUCAUCAAAAAAUAUUCCCCAAAUUGCUGUUGUUAUGGGUUCGUGCACCGCGGGUGGUGCUUACGUCCCGGCUAUGGCAGACCAGAGUAUAAUCGUCAAAAAUCAGGGGACAAUAUUCUUAGCUGGUCCACCUCUGGUCAAAGCGGCAACGGGUGAAGUUGUUUCGGCCGAAGAGUUGGGUGGGGCAGAUUUGCACUGUCGAACCUCGGGGGUCACCGAUUACUACGCUUCCAACGACGAACAUGCGCUUAUGCUUGCACGACGAGCCGUCGCGAUGUUAAAUCGGAAGAAACGCCCAGAGAUCGAUGUGAAAAAACCAGAAGAGCCUUUGUAUUCACCCUCAGAAUUGGGAGGGAUAGUUGGAGAUAAUCUCCGAAAGUCUUUUGAUGUGAAGAAUGUGAUCGCACGAAUAGUCGACGGAAGUCAGUUUGACGAGUUUAAAGCACUGUAUGGAACGACAUUAGUUACUGGGUUUGCCCGCAUAUACGGUUACCCAGUAGGCAUAAUAGCAAAUAACGGCAUCCUUUUCUCCGAAUCGGCCUUAAAAGGCGCACACUUUAUCCAACUCUGUUCCCAACGCAACAUUCCUUUAAUAUUUCUUCAGAAUAUCACUGGUUUUAUGGUGGGAUCAUCGGCAGAGGCGGGAGGUAUAGCGAAGAACGGUGCCAAAAUGGUAACUGCUGUGUCUUGUGCCAAAGUACCCAAGUUUACCGUGAUUAUCGGUGGUAGUUUUGGCGCGGGAAACUAUGGCAUGUGUGGGAGAGCAUACGGACCAAGGUUUUUAUGGAUGUGGCCGGUAAGGAACUGUGGAGAUAGUGGAUAUAGCAAGGGGAUGAAAACGGAAUAG